UUUUACUUCAUCCAUGUUCACUUCCUUGUAGGAAACGACAUUUGUUAGUCCACGCCGUUUCGUUAUUUCGCCGUCCGAAUGAGAGGCGAGUAACUGGUGAGCGCUAGCCAUGUCUGGGUCGCCACCGCUGGCCGAUUCGACAAGAUACUCGGCUUUUUAUCCGGCCGGCUACCAGGCUCCAGAAAACCAUGGCCUGGACCGCGGGUUUCGGCUCACGGCCUUUUCUGACAUGAAAGGAUGAGGGUGCAAAGUCCCGCAGGAGACACUGCUCAAACUCCUGCAGGGACUGGAGCCCGAGGCUCAGCUGGGACAGGACGGAGCGGGGACGGGAGCCGGGGACGAGGCCUCGGAGUUCGGGCAGCUCGCUCCGGUUUCCCCCGGUCCCCGGUUAGGCAUUGGGAUGGAUUCUUGUGUCAUUCCUUUAAGGCAUGGAGGUUUGUCCCUGAUCCAGACUACAGAUUUCUUCUAUCCAUUAGUUGAAGAUCCCUAUAUGAUGGGUCGUAUAGCAUGUGCAAACGUCUUAAGUGAUCUGUACGCCAUGGGAAUUACUGAAUGUGACAACAUGCUGAUGCUAUUGAGUGUUAGUCAGAAAAUGAGUGAAAAGGAGAGAGAGCAGGCGACGCCCUUAAUGAUGAAGGGUUUCCGUGAUGCAGCUGAAGAAGGUGGGACUUCUGUGACGGGUGGACAGACGGUUGUGAACCCUUGGAUCAUCAUAGGGGGUGUGGCCACAGUAGUGUGCCAGCCCAAUGACUUCAUCAUGCCCGACGGCGCUGUACCAGGUGACGUGCUCGUUCUGACAAAACCUCUCGGAACCCAAGUAGCUGUCAACGCUCAUCAGUGGCUAAACAUACCAGAAAAAUGGAACAAGAUCAAGUUGGUGAUCUCGAAGGAGGAGGUGGAGCACGCUUAUCAAGAGGCCAUGCUGAACAUGGCCACACUUAACCGCACUGCUGCUGCACUAAUGCACAAGUUCAACGCACAUGCUGCCACCGACAUCACCGGCUUCGGGAUCAUCGGGCACGCACGGAACCUGGCCAAGCAGCAGCGCAAUGAAGUGGCCUUCGUUAUCCACAACCUGCCAAUCCUCGCCAAGAUGGCUGCCGUGAGUAAAGCCGGGGGAAACCUGUUUGGCCUUCUGCAUGGCACUUCCUCCGAGACCUCAGGUGGUCUGUUGAUCUGUCUACCUCGUGAGCAGGCGGCACGCUUCUGUGCCGAGAUGAAGGCGAGCCGGUCGAGCUCACUGGGCGAUGGACAGCAGGCCUGGAUAAUUGGAAUCGUGGAAAAGGGCAGCCGCUGCGCCCGCAUCAUCGACAAGCCACGCAUCAUUGAGGUGCCGUAUCGUGGCCUUGCAGCAGGCAACGCACAGGAGGGCACCAACACUGUCACCACUCCUGCCAACACCGGCAGCAAUCCCGCUGACGCUCAGGCCAGCAUGGCGCAGUGACACAGCCUCUAACACAAGAGUGUAGUAGAAAUGUUCGCUCUUCAUCUUUUGCUUUGUACAUUUCACCUCUCUCAGGCUGUGCCUACUCUGAAAAGUAUGGUCUGUAGUUUAUGCCGGUUAGACUGCGAUAGUGUGUGUGUGUGUGUGUGUGUGAGAGAGAAUGAGAAUGCAUGCAUGUGGAGAGUAAGUGUGCUACUAUAGUGUGUGUGUGUGUGAGAAAGAGAGACUCUGAGGGAAUGUGAGAGAGGGGUUUUGUGCAUUCACUUCGCUUUUCAUUUCAUCUCCCUGUUCAGCCGAUGGGUUGAGAGCAACAGACCAAAAAUUUUCUUUUUACCUGGUGGGAGAUGGAAUGAAUUGCGCGUCGUUUUUCUUUCUUUUUUUUUCUUUCAUCCAAUUUGUCCUGUUGAUUCAGUGAUAGAAAUGUUCUCAUCAGUUUUGCUGAAACGAAUGUUCUCUCCGCAGUUGUAGUUAAAACAGUUGGCACAAGUUGCAGAACUCAGACUCAUGGCAUGUUGGAGAGGCUUGUUUUCAUUUCUUUGUCACAUUUUCUGAAAAAUGCAUCUUUUUUUUUUUCCUGACAAUCAAACUCAUUUAAUUCACUAAGAGCCAUUCUUUCAGCAAACCUUGAGCAGUUAAAAUACAAUCAAAACCGAACUAAACAAAUUUCUGACAAUAAUUUUUAAUAGAAAAAUAUUUAUUUGGUAUUUAAUUAUAUAAUUUAUGAUUGUGUCGUAGAUUUGAAUGCCAAAUUGAUAGCUUUGAAUCAACCAAAUUAGGCAAGGUUAAUUAACUGAUUAUUCCUGUGCUGUUGUUUUAGUCCUGAUCAGCAUGAUUCAUUUAUGUCUGGCUUCUUUGAAUGACUUGUUAAAUGUUUACAUCCAUGUAGAUCUCUGGAAUGUGUUCAUUAGUAUUAAUUUGUAAAAGAUUUUGCAUUUGAUCAUGUGCUGUGCAUCUUUACUGAGGUCAGCUUUAGGACAUCCUAGCUAAUAACGGUGCAUUUUCUUUCAUUAGGUAUUUAGGCUGGAGCAGCUUUUGGGAGGUGUGUACCUGAUUUUGUGCGAUAUUUCAAAGUAUGGCAAGCCUGAUUUCCUAAUAAUGCUGAGGCAUAUGUUACUCCUCCCCUCUGUGCUAGCAUUCUCAUUGUAAUCAGUGGGAAUUCUGAUGUCUGACUCCCCCAUGUAUCAGAGAGAGGAUUGAGCAGCUCUCUCUGGUCCUGUGGGUGAAGCUGGAAACCCAGAGGCAUCAGCUGAAUGGCUGCAGUGGAUCAGAAACACGCACCCUUCCUGAUCAUGAUGCAUUUCCUGUUAAACCCCAUACCAAUGGGGAUGGGAGAAGUUGAUGUUACUUUUAAGGAUGGGUGGGAAUUGGUCUACUUGGUCAUUUUCAGUUGAUUCAGGUGUUGACCUAAUUUAUAUGUCAUCAUAAAACAAUAAACCAGAAGGGGUUUGUGUAAA